CAGUUGUCAGUGUCAAUGAUAUACACAUGUUUCUUGCAGAAUGCUAAUCACUCACCUGGAGCUUAUGAGGAAAUAAACUCGCUGAAGAUACAACACGCAGAGUCACUCACUGCAGGUUUUGCAAAUCGAACUAAAAUGUUUCGAAACCAGUAUGACAAUGAUGUUACAGUGUGGAGUCCACAGGGUCGAAUCCAUCAGAUUGAAUAUGCCAUGGAAGCAGUUAAGCAGGGCUCUGCUACAGUCGGGUUGAAAUCUCAAAAAUUUGCUGUUUUGGUGGCUCUUAAGCGAGCUCCUUCAGAAUUAUCUGCCCAUCAGAAGAAGAUCUUACCCGUUGAUGAUCAUGUAGGUGUGUCUAUAGCAGGACUGACAGCAGACGCCAGGCUUCUGUGUAACUUCUUGAGAACAGAGUGUCUGAAUUCAAGAUUCGCCUAUGCAAUUCCUUUACCCGUCUCCCGACUGGUGUCCAUGAUUGGAAACAAAUCACAAAUUCCAACACAGCGUUAUGGUAGAAGACCAUUUGGAGUAGGGUUGUUGGUGGCAGGAUAUGAUGCGAUGGGUCCACACAUCUACCAGACGUGUCCAUCAGCCAACUACUACGACUGCAAGGCCAUGGCUAUCGGAGCGCGAUCUCAGUCAGCUAGAACAUACUUAGAGAGACACUUAGACAAAUUUUCAACAUGUUCACUAGAUGAGCUUGUUAAACAUGGACUCCGAGCAUUGAGAGACACGUUACCACAGGAAGUUGAAUUAACAACCAAGAAUUGUUCUUUAGGCAUUGUAGGCGAGAAUAUGGAUUUUACAAUCUUCGAUGAUGAUGAAGUAACGCAAUAUCUAUCUAUGAUAGAAGGUGAAGAAAGGUCGGCCCCACCUGCUCCAGAGGAAGCACCAGCCGAGGGUGCGAUGGAGACUGAGCCUGCUGAACCUACUGAUGAUGGAGGUCAGCCGUCUGAACCUAGUGGCUCCGGCCCGCCAACCGAGGGCAUGGAUCAGUAACAGUCGGGACCAGGGUGAAGAAGAAAAACAUGUUAAUCAUCAGCCAUUUAUCAUUAAAUUGUACUGCACUGUGUAAAGAUCAGUCAUUGACUUUCAUUAGUGUUGGCCAUGUAACUUGAUGUUUGGAUUCCAUAUAAAUUUGCACAUAGCUGUUUGUAUGGUUCUACAUUUGGUUCAGCAGUUCUUGUGGAAACAUACAAACUGUCUGAAGAUGUACAAGGUUUUUUUUCCUUCUAAGGGAAACCAAAAUGGUGUAACUUUGACUCUUUGCUAUUUCAUUCAUUGUUCUUGUGGAAACAUACAAACUGUCGAAGAUGUACAAGGGUUUUUUUUCCAAAAUAGUGUAACUUUAACUUUUUGCUAUUUCAUUCAUGUCUAGUCUGUUUUAGAAAACAUUGAAAAAAACUUAAUGUGAUGCAUUUGCUUUACAAUUUACCAUGAGUUUAAUGUUAUGUGCAGCCAUCUUUCAUUGGACAAGACACAGUGUACAGAUCUUGUUCCAUUCAAAGAGACACUUGAUUGGUGGAUUCAAACUGAGUUACUGACGUUUGGUGGGGUUGUAUUUAAAUUGAUUAUGGACUCACUGAAUUCCAUUAUUUGUUACAGAGACAGUUUAAAGAACGAUUACCCAGUAAAUGGUUACAGUUUCCACGUUAUUCUAAAAUCUAAUUUAGUUUAGUUGAAAUGCCACUACAAAUUGUGAACUAUUUGCCUGAAUUUUAGGCCGACAUGUUUUUGACCAUUGUGAACAGAGAUACAUUAUUAUAUUUC